UUGGAUUCAUUUAAAGGCGAUUUUCGUUACUAAUUGCAUGUGUUUUUAAAUAUAUAUUCCUUUAGCUAACAGGCUGGGCUGCUAACAAACAGCGAGUAAGAUAGCUAACAAGCUAAGCUAGGUUAGCUAUCCUAGGUUACCAAGCCUUAACUAGUUAAGUUAACUGCUAGCUUAGUUAGCUGGAUAGGUUAUCUAACUUAACUUAUCAUUAGCAUUAACGAGUUAAUGUUCGCUGUAUGUCGGCAGUAUUUCCAUGUAGCUAGUUUGCUGUAUUUUCCUGUGUCAACCCUAUGAUGUCUGUAUGUUCCUAGCUAGGUCGGGAUAUGUAACUAUAUCGGCAUGGCGAGCUAUGGCAGAACGGUCGGAGGAUGAGGUGCACAUCAGAAAGAGCAAAACCCUCUUAGUGAGACAUCUUCCUGCCGAGCUGAGCCACAGCGAGGCAGAGGACCUGCUCAAGUACUUCAGCGCCUCUUCGGUCCGCGUGCUCUCUGAGAAGGGCCCUCUAAAACACACUGCUUUCGCCACUUUUUCUAGUGAGACUGCGGCCUCGAAGGCCCUGAGAAGACUACAUCAGCUGAGGAUUCUGGGUCAUACACUAGUCGUUGAGUUUGCAAAAGAUCAAGAUAAUGUCACUGUGUUGGACAGCCCACCCCACCCUGACAGGUGUGCUGACAACCAAGAUGGGAAGGAGAAAAAGGAGAUUCCACAGCCAUCUGUCUCUCUUAUUGAUACCAGCAUUGCUCCAAGUCUCGGGCUGAAAUUUCAAGCAAACCCGACGCUGAAAUAUUUAUACCCUCCUCCUUCAAGCGCGAUUGUGACAAACAUCACACACGCCCUUCUGAGCGUGCCCAAGUUUUAUGUACAAGUUCUUCACUUGAUGAAUAAGAUGAGCCUGCCGUGUCCGUUUGGACCUGUCACAGCCCGUCCUCCAGUGUUUGAACUGGCUCAUGGCCUGCUGCCCCUGCUAGUGCCCCUGCCACCCCCCUUUCCCCCAGAGAACCCACCCCUGCCAGAGGGCGCUGACGAGGCCUCCAACGAGGAGUCUGAGUACGAGAGCGGAGAUGAUGAAGACAAGGAAAGGAUGAUUAGGCUGAUGGGGCUCGUUAAGCAGCCAGUUAAAAGACCCCUGAGACCAAAGACUGCUUCCAAGAGGAAGAAACCUAAGCUGAAAGAUCUCCUCUUCGCUCCCAAACCAGACUCCCACAGCACUCCAGGCCCAGGCCUGCAGCCGUCGGACGUGUUUGAGCAGCCGCUGUCAAUCGGACCCAAGAAGAUCGAGUUUCACAUUUCUUCAGAAACGUCCACCACUGUCCGGGAGCUGUGCGACCAGCCCCAGGAUCUGAGUCCACUGGAGCAGGAAAUAGACCCAGCAGAGCUGGGCCCUGGAGCCGGGGGGUUUGGAAAGAUGUACCCCAGCACUCAGGCCAGCAUGCAGGAGGAGAGUGGUGAGGAACCAGAGGUCAUCCCCUCUGAGUUCAUUUCCAGAAGGGAACUAGAAGACGGCAGGCUCACCAGAGAUGAGAUAAAGAAAAUGUCCGUGUUCAAGAAUUAUGAUCCAGGGGAACCAACCUGCAGGCUUUAUGUGAAGAACAUUGCAAAACAAGUAGAAGAAAAAGACCUGAAGUACAUCUAUGGGAGAUACAUUGACACCUCAUCAGAGGAAGAGAGAAACAUGUUUGAUAUAGUUUUAAUGAAGGAGGGCCGAAUGAAAGGUCAGGCCUUCAUCGGCCUCCCCAGUGAGAAAAGUGCAGAGAAGGCCUUGAGGGACACCAAUGGAUUCCUCCUCCACGACAAGCCCCUUGUGGUGCAAUUUGCCCGUUCGGCCAGACCCAAACAGGAGGCAACAGAGUUGCGGACAAGAGCCAAAAAGCGUGAAACAGAUGUUGAGGGCACAUCAGAUGCCUCAGUCAUGAUCCUGCAGGACUGUUUGUAUCCUUAUGCAUCCAUAUCCUUUAAGAAAAGAGAUUUAAUACGUUUGGUGCCGAGUUGUUUGAUUAUUUAUUUUUGUGUCAGUCCACAUGAAGUAUGUGUUAGGUAGGAGAAAGACGGGUGCUGUUUCACCUGCUCUUUGUCUGUUUGGGUUCUAUGUGUUGUUCUCUCACUUUUGCUUCCAGUCCCCAGGUGAUGAGUCCCCUGUGUCUUCAAGCAAAAAAAAAGCUGCAAUUAAGUCGCAUGUAAAACUUAUUUUUAUGUAUUUGACUUACUUUAUGGUGUGUUGCAAAUAAAUAAAAAUAAAUAUUUCACAUC